AUGUCUGGCGCUUGGAAAACUCCUUUACGAGUACAAGCGGACAACCCGCGGAAGGUCCCUAGGAAUCCCCUGGUGUACUCAGAGGCCACAGGGCCAGGGCUUUUUGAAUUUGUACGAACCGAGGAGUCAUCAGGGCCAUCAGGGCCUGCGGAGCCUACACAGCCUGCAGAGCCCGCAGAGCCUGUAGAGCCUUCAGAUUCGGAAUAUCACAGCGAUGAAGGUCCUGCUCCUGCCCCUGUCGAUAAAGACGACUGCCAGAGGACGAUAUUCCCCAUGUACCUGAGAGUACGUCCCAAUCCCGCGAACUAUCCUCCGGAUGCCGCAAAUCACGAACAGGUGAUCGUGCUGGUACUGGAAGAGACUUCCUACCUGGUGGAAAAAGAACGUGGGGCCAUCGACACUCUGCCACAGGGCUACCCGAAGAGACGAAACAUCGCCGGGGGUGAAGAAAGACAUUCCGCCAUCGUCUUUCAUCUCAUUCGUAAUGAGCACUCCACCUCGACGUUGACCGUCCGGUCGAAUCGUGACGGGUACACUUCUCAAGCGAGAGACUGGGAAACGCUUAUCGACAGGGACGAUAAGAGUGCACGCGGCUUGAAAAUUACGGACAGAGCCGUAGAGGACUCCAGAAUCAAUCACGCGUUCGGGCCUCCCUACUUAAGCCACAUUUGCGAAACUGGAACGCAUGUGGAUAUAACGCGGGAAGUAGAGCCCCAGCUAGGUCCCAAUGUCGGUGGAGUCUAUCCCCCCGUCGAGACAUACGAUGAGGUCGAAAGCGUGUCUGCUAGGCUCUUUCGGCUUUCGACGUUGAUCUUCGUCAAUGUCUUCUGCAUCGUGAUCUCGGCGGUGUUAAUUUCCAGAGUAAACGACCAAGUCCGCGUCGUUAACUAGAUCACGGAUGUCGGGCUGGGUAUGGGUUCUGCGGUUGGUUCAUAGUCUCGGUUAUUUCCUAUAGUGUGGACGUUACGGCUUUCCUUCGGCGUUUGGUCUUUCAUAGAUGAAU